AUGGCUACCGCAGAAUACAUCGGAGCGCUCAUCUCGCUUGUCUCCAAAUCCGACAUCCGAUACCAAGGUCUCCUCGCCUCGAUCAACCCGGAACAGGCCACCAUCGCGCUCGAAAAGGUCCGAUCAUGGGGCACCGAAGGUCGUGUCUCUGCGCAGGGCAGGCCGCAAGAGGAGAUCCCAGCCAGCGACCACGUCUAUGAAUACAUCAUGUUCCGCGCUGCCGACGUCAAGGACCUCAAGAUUGACGAUCCAAACCCGCCCAAGCAGCAGCCCACACCUCCUCAGCCUGCGCUCAAUGAUCCCGCCAUUCUCAACUCGUCGGCCCCAGGUUCCGGCGGCUUUGCACCUCCAGGCGGCAUGUAUGGGACGAUGCCACCGCCGCCUCUUGGCGUCCCACAAUUUCCAGGCGCACCUGGCUUCGGUCCACCUCCUCCUCAGUUCAAUGGAGGAGCUGGCGCGCCUCCCCGAAAGUCGCCCGUCCCGCCUUCGCAAAGCAAAACAGCACCCGCAGUAUCUUCUGCCGCAUCCGACUUGGCAAAGCAGCAGCCAGCCAAGGGAGAAGGAGAAUCGAGUGCAGACAAGGUGCUCGAGGAGAUGUCAAAAUUGAGUGUCUCCAAACCUGCUCCCGCGAACGAACCCGCCGCUUCGCCAUCGUCGCUCCCGCCUGCAGCGCAUCACCUUCCAGCAAUCCCACACGCCGCCACUGCGGCUGCCAAAGCUGCCGAGCACACGGACCGCCGCGCUGGCGGUACGGGCGGCGCUGGCGGUUCGCGGGGAGCACACAACAAUAACAACAAUAGUAACAAUAACCGCAACCGAGUACAGCAGCACAACAGUGACAUCAGCGGGCCCAGCAUGCCCAACCGGGAAUUUGACUUCGAGUCGGCCAAUGCCAAGUUUCAAAAGCACAAGGAAGCGGGGGUCGAAGAGGCUGACGGCUCUGCGGUUGCGGGACAUGCCUCCUCGGCAAGCGUCGCCAACGGUGGUUCGGGUGGAUUGCUGGAAGCGAUCCCACCGCCAUCCUCGGAAAGCCCCGGCAACUUCUACGACAAGAAAUCGGGCUUCUUUGACAACAUCUCAUCCGAAAUCAAGGAGAGGUAUGAGCGCAACGAUCCGCGCUCGCAGACGACGCCGGACGAAGCAGGCGGAAGCGGUGGCGGCUUCUUUGAUACUCCUGGUGGUCGCGGUGGUCGCGGAGGAGGCCGAGGUGGCGGUGGACGUGGUCGAGGUCGCGCCAACCGGAUUGCAGAGGAAAUGAGGAACAUGCAGACUUUCGGUGAUACUGGUGCCAGCGUUGGUGGUGGUGGGAGGGGAGGUCGUGGUCGAGGCGGCCGUGGUGGACACAGAGGCGGCCGUGGACGUGGCGGUGGAGGAGGGGGACAGAGAGGCGCAAACGGCGGCGGAGCGAGUGGCUUCUCCAACACGGCACCUAUGCGUCUUGGUUAA